CAAAAUUAGAUCAAUGCAUACAAUGCAUAGGAAGAGGAUGAUGUUAGUCACAUUACCCUCACUUGUUAUCUCCCUCUUGUUAUUCAUCAUCUUCUUCAAUUUUCAAGUAAUAAGAUCCCCAUCAAUUCCUUCCUCCAAAACAACCAUCUUGCAAACCCAAUUCAGCCUCUUGAUUGGGAUUUUAACUCGUGCCGACAACUAUGAUCGUCGUCAUUUUCUCCGUCUUAUAUAUGGCAUCCAAUCCUCUCCCAUUGCCAAAAUAGACGUCAAGUUCAUCUUUUGUAACCUCACCAAACCCGAGCAACGCAUAUUAAUUUCUCUAGAAAUCCUUCGAUUCAACGACAUUAUUAUCCUCAAUUGUACCGAAAACAUGAACAACGGCAAAACCUAUACCUAUUUCUCUUCGCUCCCGGGCAUCCUUCCCCGCAAAUACGACUAUGUCAUGAAGGCGGACGACGAUGUUUUCAUUAGGCUCAAGCCACUAGCCUUGUCCCUCAAACCAUUGCCUAGGGUGGACAUGUACUACGGAUUUGUAAUCCCAUGUGCUAGCAUGAACCCAUUUGUGGAGUACAUGUCCGGUAUGGGGUUUUUGUUGUCCUGGGAUUUGGUUGAAUGGAUUGGAGAAUCUGACAUUCCUAGAAAGGAGAUGUUUGGUCCCGAGGAUAAGAUGGUGGGAAAAUGGUUGAAGAUGGGAAGAAAGGCAAGGAACAGGUUUUCCAAUAAGCCAGCAAUGUAUGAUUAUCCAGGAACAAAUGGGAAGUGCUCACAUGAGCUUAUACCAGAAACUGUGGCUGUUCACAGGCUCAAGAGAUGGGAUCAUUGGUCGCACGUGCUUGAAUUUUUCAAUGUAACCAAACAAGUUCUCUAAUUAAUUAUCGCUACCAUCUUUGAUUCAACAGUUAUUAGGAAAUUAGCUAGAAUUAGUUUCUUAUUUUGCUAUACAAAUUAAUUAGUAUUGCUGUGGACAUUCUUUGUAUCAUUCUAUAUCCAAUCAAGUUCCUUAUU